UUUCAAGCAGCCCAUCCUCUUCCCCCACAUUAUUACUCUCCUAUUUAGACACCAUCACUCACUCUGCAACUCACAACUCACUCAUUCUCUCAACCUCCACUCCAAUUUCUAGGGUUUCCUUUACCAAAAAUGUCGCUGAGACCUAGCGCCAGGACGGAGGUUCGCCGGAACCGCUACAAGGUGGCGGUGGACGCCGAUGAGGGGCGUCGGAGGAGAGAAGACAACAUGGUUGAGAUCCGUAAGAGUAAGAGGGAGGAGAGUUUGCAGAAGAAGAGACGUGAAGGAAUUGCUGCUAGCCAGUUCCCUCUACCUGUUCAAUCUGCUUCUGCUUCCGAGAAGAAGUUAGAAAACUUACCUGCAAUGGUUGCGGGGGUUUUGUCAGAUGAUAAUAAUAUGCAGCUUGAGGCCACUACCCAGUUUCGUAAACUGUUGUCGAUAGAACGCAGUCCACCUAUUGAAGAAGUUAUUCAAUCAGGUGUUGUUCCUCGCUUUGUUGAGUUUCUUAUGAGGGAGGAUUUUCCCCAACUGCAGUUUGAGGCAGCUUGGGCCUUGACUAAUAUCGCUUCAGGGACAUCUGAACACACAAAAGUGGUGAUUGAUCAUGGUGCUGUUCCGAUAUUUGUGAAACUUCUUGCAUCUCCUAGUGAUGACGUUCGGGAGCAGGCUGUAUGGGCACUAGGUAAUGUUGCUGGUGAUUCACCUAAAUGUCGUGACCUUGUACUUGCACAAGGGGCUUUGUCUUCUUUGCUGGCCCAGUUAAACGAACAUUCUAAAUUAUCUAUGUUGAGAAACGCCACAUGGACGCUUUCCAAUUUCUGUAGAGGCAAGCCACAACCUUCUUUUGAUCAGACAAGACCUGCUCUACCAGCACUUCAACAACUUAUACAUUCAAACGACGAAGAAGUCUUGACUGACGCUUGCUGGGCACUUUCAUAUCUUUCAGAUGGUACGAAUGAUAAAAUCCAAGCUGUAAUAGAAGCAAAUGUAUGUCCCAGAUUGAUUGAGCUACUGAAUCACCCGUCACCUUCAGUUCUCAUCCCUGCUCUUCGUACGGUUGGCAACAUUGUUACUGGCGAUGAUAUGCAAACUCAGUAUAUCAUCAAUCAUCAAGCCCUGCCUUGUCUUCUGAACCUGUUGACCAAUAAUCACAAAAAAAGCAUUAAGAAGGAAGCUUGUUGGACCAUAUCAAACAUCACUGCCGGCAACAAGGAGCAGAUUCAGACGGUGAUCGAAGCAAGUAUCAUUGGGCCCCUUGUUCUUUUACUUCAGAAUGCAGAAUUCGACAUCAAGAAGGAGGCUGCAUGGGCUAUCUCAAACGCUACUUCUGGUGGUAGCCAUGACCAAAUUAAGUAUCUUGUUAAUCAGGGAUGCAUCAAACCUUUAUGUGAUCUACUUGUGUGUCCAGACCCUAGAAUUGUGACCGUUUGUCUAGAGGGGCUUGAGAACAUACUGAAGGUGGGUGAAGCGGACAAGAAUUUGGGACGAUCAGGAGACGUGAAUCUUUAUGCACAAAUGAUUGAUGAUGCUGAAGGAUUGGAGAAAAUUGAGAAUCUACAGAGUCACGAUAACAAUGAGAUAUAUGAGAAAGCGGUGAAGCUUCUUGAAACAUAUUGGUUGGAGGAAGAGGAGGAUGAUGCAAUGCCAACUGGUCAGCCUGGUUUCCAACUUGGUGGUGAUGUUUCUGUUCCCAAUGGUGGCUUUAACUUCAGUUGAUUCAAGGUUUUGAUUAAGAGAGUCGUGCGGUUAUGUACUUGGUAUGGUGCUCGGAGAUUAUCCUUGUGAGCUUUAACUUUGGCAGAAUGGCAGGUCUUUCUUGAAGAUUACAGGGAGGAAGUAGCGUUGGUGGCAUCUAUCUGCUUGGUCCAAUAUUGUAGUGUGGUUGAAGUUUUGUGAGUGGUUCAGGUUUCUUACAAUCACUAUCAGUCAAAUGUUGAUGAAUUGUGUAAAAGUAAUACUUUGUUUUUCUUUUUGGAGGAUUUAAAUUGGGAUUUAUAGAAAUUCCAUUGUUUUGCACCAUCGGUUAUGUUUUUAUAGCAACAAAAGCGAGACGAGUUAAUGGUUUAA